CGGAGUUGCUGAUUAUGUCGAAGUGCUCCGUAUUCACGCGAACAAUAGACUUUUUGGACUGUUUUGGAUCGUUAUUUGAUUUUGAUGAUUUUGAAAACCCCCCUUUUUUAAAUUUUAGUCAUUUCGAUGUACACAGAGUUACCAAUAUUUGCUGCCCCUUACUCUGAGUGUAUAGUUUCAUCGCUCAUUUCUCCGACGAAAUUGAUCGAUGGUUAAGUUUGAACCAGCUUACCACUUACCACUUUUCAUUGUGCAAGGACACAGACAACUUUGCUGGAUGUGCGUCACCCUCAUUCUGUUUUACGUCCACAAAAAUGAGAGUAGACAAACUCGUUAAGAUUCUUGGUUGGGAAGUUCAUGGAGAUCCCAACUCAGCGGCGGUAUCUAUUCCAGGCGAGGUUUUAGAUCAGACCUUGUGUGCUGAAGCACCGCGGGAGGUUUUCCAUAAGCCGACAAGCGGAGAGGUACCGAAGACGCGGCAACCGGCGUGGCAUGUUUGCAGCAGGAUGGACAGAGUUUGGACAAAGGAAGAGAAGAGACGAACCUCCCAUGGGGCUAGCUUAAGGUUGAAGACGGCUCUGAAGGAUGACACGAGUGUGGUUGGCAUUAAGAACGUGGUAGACGAGAAGGUCCAAACCGGUAGAAAGGUGAUGUGGUUGUGCCUUCUGUUGGCUGGCUUAGGUAUGGUGACAUACCAAAUCGCCAGGAGCAUCAUUUACUUCAAAUCCUGGCCAGUAAUGGUCAAUGUUGAAGUGAUCUACCCUGAGGAAAUGAUCGAAUUCCCGUCUGUGACAAUUUGCAACUUCAACAUGUUCAGGAAAUGCGCAGUCGAAAAGUACGGUCCAGAAUUCGUGGACUAUAUCGAUUUGGCGUACCCAGUAGGAAUGAUGAAUAAUAAACAAACACCGCCCGAUUUCAUGGUGUUCAAAGACCUCGAUCUCAAACAGUUCUACGUGGACACCGGACAUCUUAAGGACGACAUGAUCCUAGAAUGUAGCUGGCAAGGACAACCGUGCGGUCACGAUGACUUCAUCUCGACUCUGACUGACUUUGGUAUGUGCCACACCUUCAAUUCUCAUACCAAAGGCAUGGCCGUCAGACGCAUAAAACACAGGGGUAAGUAA